UCGUAAUGCACAAUGGUGCAUUAGCCAGGAGUAGACGGUCAGACGGUCUCUCCCGCGGACCGGCUGAAACGGAACCAAGCGGUUCCAGCACAGUAGACCAGAUCCGAAAGGACCGAGCCGAACAUCGUACAGCCGAAACAGUUCUAAGGGAACAAAUCCCGACAUCUCCGAGCGUUCUUCCGCAUUGGUCCGCAUGAGUCGUGGUUUGAUGAGUCUCGAACAGGCUCGGGAACCAGCACGAGACCUCUCAGAGCUACCGAAGAGAUCGUCCGAGCCACCGAUGCCACAGUGACGGAGACGGGACCGCCUGCAACAGAGAAUCUGCGUCAAAAAUCGAAAGUUAGCGGUAUCGGGGGUGCGAAGGAAGGUAGCGAAGGGAGUAUGGCUGACGCGGCAGCAAACAACCAGGUAGUAGCAGCCACGAAGAAGAAGGAGGAAUUGAUCGUGGAACAAUCGGUGGUAUGGAAGUCGAUGACGGUGCGGCAAAAGUGGGCCUACUUCACCAGCAGCAUCACCGUGGAGCCGGUGAUGGCCUGCUACGUGAUCCCCUGCAUGCUGGCGUCCCUGGCCACCCAGAAUCUCAGCCUGGAGAAGGCCUGCAGAGUGAACCUUGCCUACUCGGACGAAGUCUGCAACGCCCUGGCCAACAGAAACACCACCGGCUACGAAGCCGAAGAGACGGCGGUCCAGCAGCUGGUCGCCGGCAUGCAGACCUGGAAGAUGGCCCUGACCAGCGGUCUGCCGACCAUCCUGAUCCUCUUCAUGGGCGCCUGGAGCGACCGGACCGGCCUUCGGAAGCCGUGCAUGCUGCUGCCGAUCGUCGGCGAGUUCCUCAGCAGCGUCAGCAUGCUGCUCUGCACGUACUUCUUCUACGAGGUACCCAUGGAGGUCACCGCCAUCUUCGAGGCUCUCUGGCCGGCUCUGACCGGCGGCUGGUUCACCAUGUUCAUGGGCGUCUUCAGCUACAUCGCGGACAUCACCACCGUCGAGUCCAGAACCCUGAGGAUCGGCGCAGCGAACGUGUUCAUCUCGCUCGGCAUCCCGAUCGGCAUGGCUCUCAGCGGUAUACUGUACAUGAAGCUCGGGUUCUACGGUGUCUUCAGCAUCUCCACCGUGUGCUACAUGCUCAGCUUCAUCUACGGCCUGGUGGUGAUCAAGGAGCCGCCCAAACUUCACCUGAAACAGAAGAAGCCCGGUCAGAAGAAGAUGUCCGUUUGCAAGUCGAUCCUCAACUUCUUCGCGUUCAAACACAUCGAGGAGACGUUCAAGGUCGCGUUCAAGAAGGGCAAGCACAACAGGCAGAAGAGGGUGCUUGUGCUCAUGAUGAUCGUCAUGGUCGUCAUCGGUCCCGUGUACGGUGAAAUGGUGGUGAUGUAUCUUUACAUGAGGUACAGGUACCACUGGAACGAGGUGAAGUUCAGCAUGUUCACCACGUUCGCGAUGGUAACCAAUCUGAUCGGCACCGCGGUUUCGGUCGGCGUGUUCAGCCACAUCCUGAAGAUCGACGACGCGAUCGUUGGGAUCAUGAGCUCGAUGAGCAAGAUCCUCGCUGGUUUCGUCUACGCGUUCGCCACCACCGACUGGAUGAUCUAUUUAGGGGCAAUCGUGGAAAUCGUGAACGGGACAUCCUUCAUCGCGAUGAGAUCGAUAGUGUCGAAGCUGGUGUCCGCGAACGAGCUCGGCAAAAUGAACUCCUUGUUCGGUGUCUGCGAGUCGCUGAUGCCGCUCGUCUACGGGCCAAUGUACAGCUCCAUUUACGGCGCAACCAUGAAGAGUUUCCCGGGGACGUUCUUCAUCGUCGGCGCCUGCAUGACCAUGCCCGCGGUCUUCGCCUUCUUCUGGCUGUACACGGAGCACCGAGGGGAUCGCCAGCUCCUGGAGCAGGAGAACAAGUCGAGCAACAAAGUGGACGGGCAGGAAGUCGAGGGCGAUUCUAAACAGAACAAGUGGCAGAUCUCCGGCGAUAAGAAAACCGAUGUUCCUACGAUGAACGGGGUGACCAACGCGGCCUUCGAGGCCGACCGUUAGCCGAACUUAAGCUCGAGACACGCAAUUUGAUCGGAAAUUCAUUCGGGAAAGUGUAAUUCUCGAGUGGAUGAGAGAAAGACAGAAAAACGGUGGGUCAAUGAGAGGGAAGAGAGCGAGAGAGACAGAGAAAGAAUGCGAGAGAGACAGCACACCCAGAAACUCUGUCGAGCGAUCGCGAAACGAACAGGUUUAACGUACUAUUUUUUUCCGGUUCUUAAGUUGCGUUGCGAACGAACUCUUUUUUUUUCUUUAUAUUUUUCCUUAUCUCGAAACUCAAAUAAAGGAUAACUACUUGGGCAACGGUGUUUUGCGAACGAGAUUCGAAAGCGUCGGAACAGAAAUCGUCGAUCGAUCGGUCGAUCGUCCGCGAAAUUGGAUCACGUUUUAUUCUUCUCUCCUUCUGUGUAUUCCGUUCUGGAAAAGAAUGCGACGACCUGACGAAGCUAUCCUUUAUUUCCAGUUCUAGUACAAGCAGUCUCCGGUACUUAAGCGAAUUGUGACAAUAGACGAAACACGAAACAGAGGUAUUAUCUGUUCGAGCGUAUCAGUAUUACGAACGCAUACAUCUCCCCCGCUUAGCUGCUAACUAAUUCACGGACAGUUUCAUCCUGCGCUCGAUGUAUUUCUUUCGGCGCCUUGGCUGCCAGGCAUACGGGUGCCAUGAUCUUUUUAGAAAUUCAAAUUCCAAAUCGGAUUAGAGACCGUCGUCGACUCGAGAAACGGGAAAACUUCGAAAUUGUUUCGCACGAUUGCGUGGCAGUCAACGUGCAGAAUGACGGAGAGAUUUUCCAUUUCCCAGGGGAGUCUCGCACGCGAGCCAGAUAUCGAUUGUACAUUUUUAUUGAAUAGUAUUUAUAUUAAGAAGCCGCAUCAUUUCCGUACGUGUAUUAUAGCUUCUUGUGAUAUAGUACAAUAGUUUUGUAUUUAGGAGAUAAAUAGUGUUACGGAAAUAAAAAGUUUUCAUUGACCAUUGCA